AGCGAUAAAUUAAAUUAUAAAAAACUUAAACCUUUCAAAAUUAUCAAAAAAAUUUUAUUAAUUAAUUUUAAAUUAAAACUCUUAAAUACGAUACGAUACUAUCCGGUUUUUUAUAUUUUACUCUUAAAGCCGGUACUUAAGGGCUUAUAUAUUAAAAAUCGUAUUAUUAUCGAACUUAAUAAACUAAAAUAUAAAAUUAAAUAA